GAUGUUCACAAACAGGUGUUUGGAAAUUUUUUGAAAGAGGUCAAUCUAAAGCACAUUCUGCUAAUAGUUGUAAAAAAGUUCCUAAAGAGUGGCUGCGUCAUUUUAAUAAUAUUAUAGUUAAUAAUUUAGAAGAUAUUCCAACUGAUGAACCUAUAUCAAAUGCUAGUUUAUCUUUAGUUAAACAAAAAAAAAUAGCCAAACAACCUGGGUUAACUAAUUGGUAUGAUUUUACAAAAAUUGAAGCAUCUAUGCAAUCAUUAAUUGACGAAGCUAUUUUAUUAGCUUUUGUUAUGUGUGGUAUUCCUUUUCAUAUUGUCAACAAUUCUUUUUUUACAAGCACUUUAAAGCUUCUAAAUCCUGGUUAUAAUAUCUCAUCAUGUGAGGUUCUCUCAGGAUGCUUAUUAGAUUCUGAACUUGCAAAAGUUAUUCACAAAGUUGAUGGAAUUUUAGAACAUACAAACAACCUUACUAUCGAGGAAAUUCAAGAAAAUCACUCUGAAAUUAUUAGUCCUGUUAUUUUAACAAUACUUUGUGAUCAAGGCUUUUUUACUGAUUUGCAAUAUCUUUCAGAUGUUUUAUUUCUAAUCAAAAAGGCAAUUUUGGCAGUUAAGGCAAAUCAUUCUACACUUGCUAACUGUUAUAUUAAUUUAGUAAAAAUUGCUGCAGCAAUUCAAAAUCUUUCUAUUGACAAAUAUAAAGGAUUUUGCAAUGAAUAUGUUAAAAAAUUUAAUAAACGAUUUGAAGAAUUUAAUGAUUCUAUUUAUCAACUUACAUAUUUUCUUCAUCUAGCAUAUAAAGGUCUUGGAUUAAAGUUUGGUACAUUUCCUUUUAUUGCAAAUUAUGCUGAAAAAUUAUGGCAACAAAUGGGUAAAUCAAAAGAAAGUUGUGAAGCUUUAAUAACAUAA